CCAAGCAACAUUUAUUAUUUCUUAUACUUUCUUAAAUUAAAACAACCGUUUUUUUUUUUAUAUAUAAUUACAUAAAUAGUAAAAUGUAAUUAAAUGCAAAAUAGGUUUAUAUUUAGACAACCUUAUAGUUAGACAACCAAGGAGAUGGCAUCAACACGAGUAAUCAAUUGCAUUUUGUACAAAAGAUUUGUAGCAGUCUGUAGUCUAAGAAAUGUAUACAUUUUUUCUAAUUUUAGUAAUAAUUCUAAUUUUCGACAAAAUGCAUUAUAUUGUACAAAAAAAUCAAUUGCUAAAACAGAUCAUGUCGAACAUGAAAAUAAAAUCCAAGUUGGAUUUGCGGAUGUAGUUAAAGAAAAUACAAAAUCUAUUGGAUAUUUAGGUGUAAUAAUUUGUGGUAUAGGAAUUACUGCUUUCAUGUUUUAUAUGAUUUUUGAUGAAUUAUUUUCCAAUAAAAGUCCAAACAGCGUAUACAGUAAAGCAUUGGAUCGCUGCAUCAAACAUCCUAAAGUAACAGAUGCCCUAGGAGAACCAAUAAAAGCAUAUGGAGAAGAGAGCAGACGUGGACGUAGAAGUCACAUAAGUCAUAUUACCUUUGAAAAGGAUGGAGUACGUCAUAUGAGAAUGAAAUUUUAUAUUCAAGGUAUAAGGAGACGCGCAACUGUGAAUUUAGAAGUACAAGAAGAUGAAUCUGGCAAUUAUGUGUACAGAUAUUUAUAUGUACUUGUGGAUGAUAUUUUGCAAACUAUUAUUAAAAUAGAAGACAACAGAGAGCAAAAGAGGCGCUCCAUUACCGAAGCAGAACUUGAAUGGAAUUAAUAUGUUAGAUCUUCCUAAUUAAUAUUUGGUACAUUAUGUAUAGAAACUUUUGUAAAAUUUGUGUCAAAUAAAUAUAGUGAUAGGUAAAAAAAAAA